AUGGAUUCUUUCAACAACAGUGACUUCAGACCUUUGCUUCUGACUGGUUUUCCAGGCUUGGAGGCUUCACAUCCUCAGAUCUCUGUCCUCUUCUGUGUUCUCUAUCUCAUUGCUAUCAUAGGGAAUAGUUUGAUCCUGGUGGUGGUAUGGCAAGAACAGUCACUGCAUGAGCCCAUGUACUAUUUCCUUUCCAUGUUAGCAGCCAGUGAUCUCGGCCUCUGUGCCACUACCCUGCCCACCCUGCUCAAGCUCUUCUGGCUCAAUGCCCGUCAGAUUGCCUUUGAUUCUUGCCUGGUUCAGAUGUUCUUCAUCCAUGUCUUCUCCCUCAUGGAGUCAGGUAUCCUACUGACAAUGGCCUUUGAUCGAUAUGUAGCAAUAUCCAAUCCUCUCCAUUAUACUACUAUCUUGACUAAUGCCACCAUUGUCAAGAUUGGCUUUGGUCUCAUGCUUCGGGCCACUGCAGUCAUUUUGCCAGGACCCUUCCUCAUCAAGAGACUCAAAUUCUGUAAGGCUAAUGUCCUUUCUCAUUCCUAUUGCCUUCACCCAGAUAUCAUCAAGCUCUCCUGCUCUGACCACCGUAUCAAUAGCAUCUAUGGCCUCAUUAUCAUCAUCAUUACUUUCGGUGUAGACUCUGUGCUUAUUCUUCUUUCCUACUUGAGAAUCCUGAUCACAGUGCUAGGUAUUGCCUCCCAUCAGGAGCAACUCAAAGCCCUCAAUACCUGUGUCUCCCACAUCUGUGCUGUCUUGCUUGUCUACAUCCCCAUGCUGGGAGUAUCCAUUAUCCACCGCUUUGGGAAGCAUGUCCCUCCUGUGGUUCACAUCAUCAUGGGCUAUGUUUACCUGCUGGUCCCACCUGUACUCAAUCCUGUUGUUUAUUGCAUCAAAACUCAUCAGAUCCGCACACGCAUUCUUAGGCUCUGGCAUGAAUCC